AUGCGUCUGAGAGCUGGUUCCCUCCUCUCCCUCUCCCUCGCCCUCAUCCUGCCCGCAGCAGCAGGACAAAAGCCGCCCAACGGCCUCUCGUACAUCAACCCGCUCAUCGGCACGACCAACGGCGGCAACGUCUUCGCCGGCGCAACGCUCCCCUACGGCCUCGCAAAGGCGUCCGCGGACGUAGACGGCCAGAACACGGGCGGCUUCGGCCUCGACGGCAGCAACGUCGUCGGGUUCUCGAGCGUGCACGACAGCGGCACCGGGGGCAACCCUAGCCUGGGCAACUUCCCGCUCUUCCCGCAGGUCUGCCCCGACGAUGGCGACGUCAACUCGUGCCGGUUCCGCAUCGGCGACAGGAAGCUGCACUACGUGAACGACUCGGUGACUGCGGGGCCGGGAUACUUUGGGCUGGAGCUGGAGUCGGGCAUCGCGGCGAACAUGACUGUCUCGCAGCACGCGGCGCUGUACCGCUUCACGUUUCCGCAGGAGGACGAGGAGGAAGCGAAGACGAAGCAUCCGCUGAUUCUGCUGGACCUGACGGAUCUGUGGCAGAGUCGGCAGAACGCCUCGAUCCAGGUGGACGACAAGACGGGCCGCAUGACGGGCAACGGCACGUUUCUGCCCAGCUUCGGGGCCGGGUCGUACGCCAUGUACUUUUGCGCCGACGUGUUCGGUCCGGCGAUCCACGAGACGGGCGUCUGGGUCAACAGCCGCGCGGGCACCGACCCCAAGCACGUCUUCCUGACGCGGGGCUUCAACCUCUUCUUCCUCGAGGGCGGCGGCUUCGUGCGCGUCAAGCCCCCGGGCGACGGCGUCGUGACGGUGCGCAUGGGCAUCAGCUACAUCAGCAGCGAGCAGGCGUGCCGCAGCGCCGAGCGCGAGAUGCCGAAUCCGCUCGAGGACUUUGAUCGGCUUGUCGACGCGGCGCAGAGCGCGUGGACGGAGAAGCUGAGUCCGAUUUCCGUCAAGAGCGGCGGCGCGACGGAGGACUUGAUGACGAGCUUCUGGAGCGGAGUCUAUCGCAACAUGAUUUCGCCGCAGAACUACACGGGGGAGAAUCCGCUUUGGAAGAGCGACAAGCCGUAUUUCGACUCCUUUUACUGCAUCUGGGAUAGCUUUCGCGUCCAGCAUCCUCUGUUGACCAUCCUCGACCCCCAUGCUCAGACGCAAAUGGUAGAGGCCCUGCUCGACAUUUACAAGCACGAAGGCUGGAUGCCCGACUGCCGCAUGUCCCUCUGCAAAGGCUGGACGCAAGGCGGCUCCAACGCCGACGUCGUCAUCGCGGAUGCCUUUGCGAAGAAUCUCAGCACGACCAUCGACUGGGAACUCGCCCUGGAAGCCGUCAUGGCCGACGCCGAAAACGAGCCGCAGGAGUGGUCGUACCACGGCCGAGGCGGCCUCCACAGCUGGAAGAAGCUCAACUACAUUCCCUACCUGGACUUUGACCCGUACGGCUUCGGGACCAACUCGCGCAGCAUCUCGCGGACGCUCGAAUAUGCGUACGACGACUACUGUCUCUCGGAGCUGGCCGGUGGCCUCGGCAGACGGGACUUGCAGGCAAAGUACCAGGAACGAAGCAUGAACUGGAAGAACCUGUGGAAGGCGGACCAGACGUCGCUGAUUAACGGCACCGACACGGGGUUCAGGGGCUUCUUCCAGCCGCGGUACCAGAACGGAACUUGGGGCUUCCAGGACCCCAUUGCGUGCUCUGCGCUGGCUGGGUUCUGCUCGCUGACUACGAAUCCGAGUGAGACGUUUGAAGCCAGCAUCUGGCAGUAUCUCUUCUACGUCCCUCACUCCGUCUCAUCCCUCAUUUCGCUUCUCGGAGGCGACGACGCCAUGAUUUCGCGCCUCGACUUCUUCCACACGUCUGGGCUGGCGGACAUCUCCAACGAGCCCGUCUUCUUCACCGUCUUCCUCUACCACUACACGGGGCGGCCAGGCCUCUCCACGAAGCGCAUCCACCAGUACGUCCCCGCCGACUUCAACUCGUCGCCCGGCGGCCUCCCGGGCAACGACGACUCCGGCGCCAUGGGCGCGUUCCUCGUCUUCUCCGUCAUGGGCCUGUUCCCCGUGGCGGGGCAGAACGUGUACCUGAUCUCGCCGCCGUUUGUGGAGGAGAUUAGCAUCCGGCAUCCGGUGACGGGGAAGACGGCGACGGUGCGCAACAUUGGGUUUGACGCGUCGUACGACAAGAUUUUCGUGCAGAGCGCAAAGGUGAAUGGGAAGCCGUGGACGAGGUCGUGGAUCGGGCACGAGUUCUUCACGGAGGGGUGGACGCUGGAGUUGGUGCUCGGGGCGGAGGAGUCGGGGUGGGGGCGGGAUGUGAAGGACAGGCCGCCGAGCUGGACUCUUGGGACGUGA